AUUUUACAUAGAAGGGGGUGGGAUUUGAGUCAAUUUGAAUGCAGGGGGUGUGACCGAGCCUCGCUGUCUAUAUAAAGGGCGGCGCGGAACCACCCCCUUCCCAGUCCGCCAGCGAGCUCUGAACGUCUCAGGGUCCAAAGGGUGACAAUCCCGGCGCUCAGAGCUCCAGGCUUUGGUGGUCCCGGUGCUCGGAGGUCCCAGCAGAGCCACAGCCGCCGAGACAACCCCCAGGCAACCCCCCCCGUCCUGCGCCCCCAGCCCAGCUUUUGAGCCCACCAUGAAAGCCAUCAGCCCGGUGCGCUCCGUGCGGAGCUGCUACGAGGCCGUUUGCUGCCUGUCGGAGCAGAGUUUUGCCAUCGCCCGGGGCAGCCACAACAAGAGCCCGGCCUUGGAAGAGCCCAUGAACUUGCUGUACGAUAUGAACGACUGCUAUUCCAAGUUGCGGGAGCUGGUGCCGGGCAUCCCGCAAGGCACCAAGGUGAGCCAGGUGGAGAUCCUGCAGCACGUCAUCGACUACAUCUUCGACCUCCAGAUCGUGCUGGAGGAAGGGGCCAAGGGCCGCGACCCCUCCUCCGAGGCCACCCUGUUCUCCCUUAAGGCGGCCGAACUCGCUUCUGAACUCUGCUCCAAAGACGAGAGAAGUUUGUGUCACUAACGGCUCCUCCAUCAGGUGAGUGUCCCCA